UGUGCGCGGCAACCAUUUAAACAUUGCAAGCGUUUGUUUUGUGUUCAGUUAAUUUUUGUGUUCAGCAAAUAUGGAGAAGCCAAGCCCAACUUUAAUCCAAAAAAUCGCUAAAGAAAUUAUUAACACUGCUAAGAGUAACAUGGCCACUCUUACGAGUCACGAAUUGGGUACUAUUAUACAUUCCCUUGGUGUGAAAACAUCUGAAGAUGAGUUACAAGCCUUAAUUGAAGAUAUGCAUGCUAAUAGCAGCUCUUUGAGUAACUUGCAUAAAAAUAUUUUAAAAAUACCACGUAGAAUUUGUGACGAUGAAUACAAAAAGGAAAUUCGUGAAGCUUUUCGCUUAUUAAAUAAAAGUGAUGAAACCUAUGUCCUAAAAUCUGAUCUAAUUUCUAUUAUUAGAUCAACGGGUAUAACCUUGACUGAUGAAGAAUUCCAUGAAAUCAUCAAAGACGCUGGGCUUGGCGAUGGUGACAAAAUAACCUAUGAAGAUUUUAUAAAUAAAAUGCAAUUUCCUAAAAAGCCACGUUGAUGAACUUGAUGCAAAUAAAUUUAUCA